GACGCGAGACCUUCCGACCGAGACGGGGAGGAACCGAGACACGGAAGAGGUUGCUAGCCGCAUUCCAACGCAGCAGCAGCAGGAGGAUCAGUGUCGCAAAGGGCCAGCCAGCCUUUCGGUACUACGACUUGCCAUCGCAACUUACCACGAGCGCUGCCGCCGCCGGCGCAAUCUAGCCCAGCCGUCGCUCCGAAGCUCGCGGAGGACCGGUGCGGGUUCUACGAGCGGCAUUACACAGUCGGAAAGUAGACGAAGUACAGGCCCAAUAUGGCGACCAGAUUCCAAUUAGGGUGGUACCGAUGGGUACCAUUCCUGGGAUAUCACCAUGUGUUGAUGAUCUUGAUUGCGGUAGCGAUAAUAUUGUUGUCGCUUCUCCUUGCCGGGUGCUCGUCUUCCUCACCCCUGAUCCCCGAUAUCUUCCUCCUCUCGCUCUACUACCAGCGCUACACGGCCGUGCCCGACACAGCACAGGUUGACUACAACGUCAAUAAUGCGAUUGCCAACAUCGUGGGCGACGCGCGACUCCAAGCCCGCGUGGGCUUCUUUGGCAUUUGCGUGAGCCCCGAUGGCGGCUCGUGGCUAUGCAGUAACAACGCGACGACGCUGGCAAACGAGGUGUCGUUCGAACAGGAUCCUCUCAACCUCAUCUGGCUCGCCAGCCAGUUUAAGGACAUGAUUGUCUUUCCCUACCUACUCAUCAUCGCCAUCAUCUUCGCCUUCAUCUGCCUGCUCCUGCUCGCCACCUUCCCCGGCUGGCACGAAGAGGAGGACAGCGAGGGCUCCGAGCGCGAGGUGAAGCCGUUCCCCUCGCGGCCCGUCAGCCAGGUCGCGCUAGCCAUCAUCUUCAUCGCCUCCAUCUUCGUCCUCGUAUCCGUCCUCUGGCAACACACCGCCUCAGUCGCAGCCAGCAUCAUCGCCCAAGACUUAGCCAACGGGAGCGUCCUCUCGGGCGUGGGAUCCUCCGCUAUGGUUAUGGGCUGGUUCAGUUUCACGCUGCUCAUUAUCGUCACCAUCGGAUUGUUGGUCAUGAUAUUGAGUAUGCAGGUGCUGGAGCAUAUUAUGGAUUGAUGAUGCUUUUUUGCGAUCUCUAUUAGGGGCUCCAUAGGUGGGAGGACGGAUGAUGGAGAUUGAGUUGUUUCGAUUACGCCUACGCCAUGCGACAUGCAUGCAUGACUGGAUGAGGACGAUGGGGGGGUACGGUAUCUACGACGUGGGGUGGUUGCCAUUGAGUUGGGGCGCAACCGAUAUAUCACGACUGGGUGGAUG